GGACCCCCUCAAUACUGGAUUCACUUCCUACAAUAAUUCCCCCGCUCAAGGAAUGAUCAGACAUCAAACCGAAUUCCUGUCGUCAACUCGCCUUCAGAACCGAUUUGAACUCACCAAAGGGACAAUACCGCAGACUACCUUGUCGCUGACCCUCUGCUGAGAAGAUAAUCGUGGCCCUGCCGUUCUGUUCCGUCUUACGACAUGGCUCCUACAGCUCCCAACCAGGCCAACAACUCCCCGGCCAAAAAAGCAAAUGCCCCAGAGAAGAAAUACAAGUGCCAAUUUUGCAAUCGCGCUUUUUCCAGAAGUGAACAUCGCAGUAGACAUGAACGUUCCCAUACCAAAGAGAGACCCUUCAAGUGCUUAAAAUGUCGGAGUACCUUCGUUCGUCGUGACCUUCUCCUUCGCCAUGACCGUACUGUUCACGCCAAAGAUGGUGGGAUACCGUUGGUUGCUGAGGGCCGCAGACGUGGCGGUGGUGGUGUUCAGAAGUCAUCCCCUGCACCAUCCGCCCCCGCCAAGCCCUCGAUCACAAUUGAUCCUGCCACAUUAGAGCAAAUUGAGGCAAGCAGUGAUGGUAUGGUCGACCUUGAAACUGCAGCCAUGUUGAUGACAGAUUUCCAACAUAAGGCCGCAGCUGCCGUUACCAAUCAGGCAAAUGACCGUGCUGAAUCCGACCGCUCGUUCUCUCCCGGACGUGGUCCACUGCUGGAACCCCCCGUCGCGUACCUCUCAGGCAAUGCGACUCUCCCCCAAAUGCCUUGGGACACCCUCGUCUCCCCCGCAGACGCCAAGCAGCCUUCCAUGGCUUCGAGCUUUACCGCACAAGAGAGUGGCCAGGACAUCGAACGGCAUGGUGCCGUCGGUGACGCCCUUGCACCUUCGCUCCACUCCCUCGUCAGCUCAUUGCCCAUGUCUGGAAACUCUACCCCCAACGCGCUGUCGCCUUACCCAUCCAUGACUGGCCCUGUCAGCCCGGUGAACUACAGGCGAUCGCCUGGCCCCAGCCAAGCGUUGACGCUGCCCAAAGCACCUCAAAUCGCAAGCGAGAUCGAGCGCAACAUGGUCGUCGAACGCAUUCGCAACGCUGAUGCCCUUGGCGCGCUGCCCGAAUCCUUCCAAUUGCCCUCGACUGCAUCGCUGAACCGGUACUUGUCGACCUACUUCAACUUGUACCACCCCCACCUGCCUUUCCUUCACCAGGAAUCGUUCAGGCCUACUAUGGCAUCGCCUCCCUUGCUACUGGCUGUCCUCUCUAUCGGUGCCUUGUACACUUUUGAGCGCGAGCAUGCUUUCACCCUCCAUGUUGGAUCCAAGAUCCUUGUCACCCAAUUCUUGCAACAUAAAGAUAACUUUGACUCUAGAAAAUGUCCAUUGUGGGCCAUGCAGAGUACCUUGUUGAAUAUGAUUUUCGAGAGCUGGAGUGGCGACCCCAAGGGUCUGGAAUGGACUUGUUCGAUCAAGAGUCUCCUCGCCAACAUGGUUGCCGGAAACCGAUACCAGCUGAAGCUGCGAUCCGAGGCUCGCGGAGGUGUUCAACCGACCAGGGAAGAAUGGAUCGAGGACGAAUCGUGCCGCCGAACCUACUACGCGGUUUACAUCUUUUUCGGCAUGCUCACGUUGACUUUCAACCACACUCCAGCAAUGAGUUUUGACGAAUUUGACAACCUCGAGCUUCCUUCUUCCGAGUCUCUUUGGAACCUGGAUACCACCGAUGAUGAGGCAUGGAACCGCAGCUUGUCUACUGCCACCUCGCUUACAGUUCGCGAAGCCCACGACUGUCUCUUCCAAGGCGAGCAGACCCGAUACAGCGCUUUUGCUACUCGUGUCUUGAUCAACGCCCUGUUCUUGCAGGUCUGGAACCACAAGAGAAGCUUUGAAGCUCUCCAGGACGUCGUUACCGAGUACAAGCUUCGCCUCGCAUUGGAGACCUGGGAAAACUCGCUCGAGGUUUGCGAGCCAGAGACAAUCGUUGUGCCUCUCAGCACUCCUCAAAAGGGCCACCCCCUCAUCUUCAACUCCAUGGCUAUGUACCGCAACACCCGCGCUCGCUUGGAAGUUGACCUCAAGUCGAUCCAGGAAGCCAUGCGCUACCACUCUUCUUACGAGGUUGCGGCCGCUAUGACCGUCGCUCGCGAAAAGGUCAAGCGAUCGCAGGAGAUGAACAAGGUUAUCCAGUCCUGCUUCGAGUGCAUUGAAAUCGCAGCCAUCCAAGGGAUCAACUGGGUUGCAAAGACUUCGGCUACCAACUGGAGUGUCGAGCAUCCGCUCUGCGGCCUCGAUCUGAUGGUCAUCUUGAGUCUCUGGCUCUACCGCCUGGAACACGACGAGGAGCCAGCGACCGAGGCUGAGUUGGCCAUCUACAACAAGGUUCGCAAUCUGUUUGAUGAUGACGCUGUCGAUGCCUUUGGUAAACUCAGCUCCACUGUUGCCCGUGUAUGGGGUAACAUCCUGGACGGCGUGGUUGUCUGGGGAAUUACCAAGCUCAUGGGCGAAUCCUUCAAACUCCACUCCCAGGCCCUGGUCGGCUACGAAGACUCAUUGCGCGUCAGCAAGGACCAGCCUAUUCACCCAAUGCCGACCAAGACGCUUGCUAGUGUAGGGACUGCCUAUUAA